AUGAAUUUGAAUCUCAUAUUUAAUUUAUUUGUCAAAGUUUUGAUAAUCAAUUGUCUCUUAACUUUUUACAACGUUGGAUGUCUUGAGUGUUAUGUCUGUAAGAAUCAGGAGAACAAUAAAGACAAAUGCGUGGAAACGGUCAGAACGUGUGACUUAACCGAAGACCGAUGCCUUUCGGAAGUUCGUUGGGGAAGCACACCCUAUUGGGCGCCGACAGGAGAGAAACAAUUUUAUGUAUCAAAGCGAUGCGCUUCAAAGAAAUUAUGUGAAAAUGCAAUGAGAAAUGUAACCAAAAGGUGUGACAGAAUUUGGUAUAACGAUUGGGAAUGUGUUGAGUGUUGUAAUGGUGACCGAUGUAACUAUUAUAUAACGUUGGCAUCCAAUCACUUAAUACCAGGAUAUGUGACAAUAUUUGUAACAUUAUUUUUAGCCUUAUUUUUAAUUCAAUAAAGAUGUCAUCUCUCAAUAAUAAUUUAAUCAGCAAUCAAAUCACAAUAC